CCGUGCCCCAGAUUUGACAGGUAAUUGAAUUGGUUGGGCUUAAAGAAUUAGGGGCUCGUUAGACACUCCUCGGGCGCUCAAAAAUCCCGAGGAAAUGAUCGUUCCAUCUGUCCUUGGAGAGAGUUCCUUGGAAAGCGAUGUGAAAACAUUUCCUCGGGUUGUCCUCGGGGCGUCCUCGGGCCACAGCCAUUUGGCUGCGCUCCCCAAGGCACCUCGCGAGGUCCCUCGGAGUGGGAGUUUCCGCGAAAAUCGGGACGGCGGCGGCAGCCUUCGACGACGGCACAGUUUUGUAGUGUGGUACAACGGUGGUCCAGUCGAGGUGUGGGCGGACAUUACCGGCCGGCAACGUUCGACUUCGGUGGGGACAGCGGCAACGGUGACAAAGAGUGGCGGACGGGGUCCGUGGAGGGCCCGAGGUGACCCGGCCGCUCGCGCGUGCCGGCGGGAAACGGACAGGCCUCCAACGGGCAGCCGUUUCAAAAUUCGUCGGGCUGUACGUCCGUCGCCGACAGCAGAGGCCCGCAAUGUAAACCGGCGGUGGGCAUCAUCAGCCAUCACUUGGCGUCUGCUGUUUGUCGUCGUCAGGUUGGCCGUUACGCUGCGGUUGUCUUACAUGGCCGACGUAUUCUGCAAGUUGCCGCUGCUCCUCCUCGUCGUGAUUCUGCUUGUCGUUGUCGUCUUUGUUCACGUGUGCAUAUUGGGGAGGUUGCCUUCACGUAGUCGCAGGAAAGUAGGGGCGAGGAAGAGCGUUGCCAUGGACGGGAGGCGGCCGACUCAGAGGACGUUGUCCGACCCUUAUCCAACCGACCGGGCUCCGAUCUGUGCCGGUGCAGACAGAAGGGCGGCAGGUCCGUCACCGUACGAAGGACUGCCGCCUCACUUGCAACCGCUGCCCGAUUCGGACGAGGGGGAGGCGGAGGUGGACGUGUCGACGACAGUUCCGCUGGGUAGCGGGUCUACCCAGGAGUGGACGGGUAGCCAGUUGUAUGAUCGCCGCGGGACGAAGUACGGGCAGUCGUUCACUUCCCUCCUUCACGACGGCGCGGAGGAGGAGGAUUGCCUCCCCCCUGUCGAUCUCACAUUUGGCCUCCGGAGCGGGAGCCCGUCUUCUAUCACGCGCACUGUGCUCGUGAACCCUCUUCCCGACGACGACGCGGGGCAGGUCACAUUCGGCGGCAGGGGCACAAGGGGUGUAGCGGCGACAGAGGUGACGCCGGGGAAGACGACGGCAUGGCCUCGAACGCAGGCGACUUCUGGCCCGUCAGUUCCACGCACUGUCGGGCAACGUCCUGAGUGGAUGACCCUCAGUCCUCCUUUGUCCGGGGGGCGCGACGGCGUUUGUCGUCCCGUUGAUCGGGCUGUGACUCACGAAGAUUUCCCUUCCGAGGGCGCGCAUGGAGAUGGCAGGCGGGUGUGGAAGGAUGCGAGGCAAGAGUUGCGGCGGCAGCAAGAAGAGUCCAUAACGAAAGGUGUGGAGCGUUUACGCGUGGGCGAGCGGAGUGGGCAAGCAGACGUGGCCGCCGGGGGGGGUGACGCGUGGGCAAACGCUGACGAAGUUCAGUGCGAUGUAGGCGACGACGACAGCGGCGGCAGUCCCUUUUCUGCACCCAUGGCAGUUCGGGAAACCCUUGUCUGCCGCCGCAACUCCUGGCAAACGAUGCACCCAUGGCAGUUCGGGUGACGCAUGGGCAAACGAUGCACCCAUGGCAGUUCGGGAAACCCUUGUCUGCAAAAGCACGCAGAACGAUC